AUGUCAGCACCUUCUGAAGAAGAUAAGAAGCCAACUGAACAUAUUAAUCUCAGAGUUGUUGGUCAUGAUAAUAAUGAAGUUUUCUUCAAAAUCAAACGUCAUACACCACUUAGAAAACUUAUGGAAGCUUAUUGUGAGCGUCAAGGAAAAUCAAUGAAUACACUUCGAUUUCUUGUAGAUGGAGAACGUGCACGGCCUGAACAGACACCUGCAGAGCUUGAUAUGGAAGAUGGCGAUCAAAUUGAAGUUAUGAUUGAACAGGCAAGCACAAAUCUUGGUGGAACAGCAAAUACGUCUUAA